GCUAUGCUGGUUUCGCUUCCAGGAAAUAACAACUAAAGGGGAGCUGGGACUCACACUAACACAGAUCAUAUACCUAGCGACUGCACACUAAGGCAGUUUCAGAAGAAAAGCUGCAACCCGCAUCACCACAGGCUAAAUAAACAACACAUUCCUAACAGGAUGAGGAGGAUGUCAGGAAGAGUCAUGAGUUGCUUUGCAGCUCUGUUCCUUGCACUGGCCUCUGUGUCAGCUGUAGAAAGACUCAAUUCAAUUAAUGAUUUGAAGAAAAUCAACUUUGGUCAAUCUGUGCCCAAACACAUUCUUCUACUUCUCCACUGGUUUGCCAACGUAGUUGAAAUGGACAGCAACAACAUCAUACGGUUGACGUUUGACCCAAACAUUGAUGAUUUUGGCUCGCAUCAUUAUGGCAACUUUGAGGGGCUGCUGGAGCCAACGCCUUGGGGUUACAAAUACUACACUGUUGGCAAUCUCCUUCUAGACCAACGUGGACAACUUCCAGAUUAUGUCGCCAAUCCCCGGGCAGAGUAUGAGGGAAGAAACUGGGACCGGAUCGUAUUCAGAGUCAGGCUGCAGAACACUGGAUGGCAAACUUUGCAACAGAUAGAUCAAGUGUACAUCACUCAGCAUUAUGGGCUCCAUGGAAAUACGACAUAUAAUCCUGAACAUACCUAUGAGAUCACGACUAACCUCCUGAGACAAAUCCGAGAGUUUUCUGUGGGAGGAAACUCACUGUCCAAUCUCAGAGAUCGCUAUGGAAGUAAUGCUAGUGAUUCCCAGUUAUUAGAAUUCAGAAACAUAUGGGGGAACCUAGCUUGUCUUGGACUGCUGUUGUUUAUUGUGAUCCAGGAAAGGUACAACUACAACCAACAAAGUGCCCGCCUUCAGAGUGGGUCAACAGUAGGAAACAACGUUGUGACACAGCCUUACAUUCCUCCUUACAUUCCUCCUUACAUUCCUCCUUACAACUUCCAAGGCCCCAGACAAAAUCAGGGGAAUGAUAACACAUUCCUCCUGGUUGUUCUCAUUUUAGUGGUUAUAUGUAUAUUUGCCAUUCUUGCCGCUCAUAAAUAGAGGUAGGGAAAGAUGACAAGAAAUUAGAAAGAUGUUGUCCAAACCAAACUUUUCUUUUUUUUUUUGAAUACAAAAUAUACAAUACAAUACUUUUAAGAUGAUAGGGGGAAUCAAGCAGUUAAGACUGAUCAAUGGACCUGGAUAAGGGAUAAUUCUAAAAGCUAGUGUAUGCUUUGUUUUGCUUUCAUGUUUAUCUAAAUGGGUGCUACAUUAUUUUAUUAACACUGUUCAGGUAAAUAUUUAGAUAGAGGUUGUGUUUAUGGACCAAAUACGGAAAAAUCACAGAGAGUCACUUCAGGUCAGCACUAAUUGAGGCUAAAGUACCAACAUAAAAAAUAUCUGAUCAGUACAUGAUCUUCACAAAGUGUCGACAUCAGUUGAAGACAGUGGUGCAAUGUUAAUUCAGAUUAAGCUGCAUAUUAAAAUUUGAUUUGUAAGAAUCUUACUUUCCUGGGGAAAUUACAUAACUAAAGAUUAAGGACAUUUUUUACAUUUAUUAGACCAAGACGUGUGGUCCAAGGAGUUCUACUUACAAAAAAAACAAAACAGUUAAUUACAGCACAAACUCUUCUUUAAAAUAACUAUUUUUGUACACAGUAAGAUAUUAUACUGGUCUUAAUACUUCUAGCUUAAUUCAUAUUCAAUGUCAUGCUCCAGCACGUCUAAACCAAUAGUGGUGACUCACUGUUCUUUCAUGUGUUCCCUAGAGAUGAAAAGAAAGUAAAUAGCUCUGAUGCAUAGAUGAGAACCACAAGCUAAAAGGAUCUAUGGCGUGUUAAGCAUUGAGUAUGUAUUAGCAUAAAAAAAAAAAUAGAUGUAUAUUUUAAACAUGGUUUUGUACUUUUGCUACAAUAUUGUAAAUGGGGUGUUGAUUGAAUACACGCUGCUGUUUGUUUGGUGUGUAAAUAAAAGGUUUAAAAGACAA